CAUUGUACGUUCUCUUCUCUCCGCUUGUCGAUUUCCAUUAGAGCUGCAAGUUUUGCAGGCAACGGAAAUGGCUGCAGAGGCUUCGGUUGAACAGGUUUCAACAACGAUGGUUCACCUUCCCCGGAAGGUUGACACCCCUACUCGAUUGGAGCUAACUGCAUGGGAUUUGUCCAUGCUUUCCACUCACUACAUACAGCUUUGCGUCGUCUUUCCUAAGCCACCUGUGCCGUUCGACGACACCAUCUGUCGCCUUCAAACCUCCCUCUCCGACAGUCUCCGGUACUUUCCCUUCUUGUCCGGCAGGCUAGUCACGGACCCGGAGACUACCACCUUCGUGGAUUGCAAGGACUCUGGAGUGGAGUUCACCGUCUCCAAGGCCGCCGGACUGUGCAUCUCGGACCUAGUUUCAGAUGUCGUUCCGGAAACCGUAAACUCCUUUUUCCCUUUGGUUGCUGCCAUCGGCUACGACGGCCAUUAUCGUCCACUUCUUGCCAUCCAGGUGACGGAGGUGAUGGACGGAGUAGUGAUAGGCUGCUCGAUGAACCAUGCGAUCGCUGAUGGCGGGUCCUUCUGUCACUUUGUCAAGUCAUGGUCUGAGCUCAGCGCCGGAGCCAAAACCAUAACUCGGCAGCCAAUGACCGAGCGGCCAUUGAUUCAUAAGGAGGUUGGCCAGAUGCGGUUCAUCGCCUCUGAAAAGGAUUUGGACCGAACCUUACCACCACCAUUCAAGGUCCGCAUGUUCCGGUUUACUAGCAAAGCCGUGGCUCGGGUCAAGGCCAAGACAAACGAGCGACUCAAGCUGGAAUCCGGCGAGAUCUCAUCUCUCCAGGCGAUCACCGCCCUCUUGUGGCGGUCCACGAUGCGCGCCAAGAAUUUUCCGGACGAGGCGAUUACCGUUUGUGUAAUGACGGUUGGCUGCCGCUCUAGAUUGCGGCCGCCCUUGCCGGAGGAGUAUUUCGGCAAUUGCCUGCACCCACUGGUGGUGCAAGCCAAGGUGGGUGAGCUCCUGGCUCAUGACCUCAGCUGGGCAGCUCAAGCCUUGCACAGUGAGGUUGCAGCCCAGACGGCCGAUGUUAUCCGUGAACGCGUGAAGGCAUGGGCGAAGAUGCCAUUCACGUAUGGCAACAGUCGGCCAGUGUCAAACGUGGUUGUGGUGGGAAUGUCCCCAAGGUAUGAGAUAUAUGGGAUCGACUUCGGGUGGGGAAUGGGUCAUUCUGUGAUCGGUGGACCAGGGAGCAAGUUUGAUGGGAAAAUUGAAGUUUUCCCAGGAAAAAGUGGGAAUGGAAGCAUCGAUUUACAGGUUUGCUUGGCCCCUCAGUAUAUGAGUGCCUUGGAGUCAGAUCAGGAGCUAUUGGAUGCACUUAACGGGGCCUAACUUCCCUUAUCCAUCUAUCUAUCUAUCUAUUUUAAUGCUAGCUUGCUUGUUAAUGGGGAAAAAUCAACGUGUAACGAGCAACAGUUACCACUACCUUAACUAUGUGAUGCUGUUGAGGUGAAUCCUUGUCCCUUUCUUAUGUAAGUGUCAAGUAAAAGAAGUUUAUUAUUUAAAUGUAUUUGGUGCAUUCUUUUAAGUUGUUGCUUGAUCAUGUUCACUUUGUGAAUUUUGUUGGUUUAGUUGUUGAGCAUUCAUUGAGUAAACUUUGUCAAGUUUAUUACAAAAAUAUUUGUGGUAUCAAGACUCUAUCUGCUUUUCUCUGCAUAAAUUAUUUGGACUUGGAUCCAAGUUAUAAUGGGGCCCAAGUCAUCCCUACAUCUUCUACACAACUCUCUUUCUACAAUGGACCACAGAUAUGAACUAUAAAAGUUAAAACCGUGCUGAAACUAGCUAUAAAGGCCUGAAACCUUUUAAUUCUAGACAUAAUGUUGUGAUCAUGCACCAACAUGUUGAAGAAUAGCUUUUGCUUUUUGGGUUGCCACACAGACAUGUUCGAUGGUUGCAGUGCAACAACAAAAGGGUGCUGGUUUCUAAAAUAAAUCACUAAAGGAUAUGCCAAUGAACCAACUUGUUGGCGCACCACACCAUUUAUCAUCUAGAGCUCUUUCUUUCUUGUUCAGUUUCAUCAGUCUAAAGAGCAAGCCUAAUCACCAUUAUUAUAAAAAGAGAGUUAAGUAAAUUUCUACCUACAUUAAUGGAAGGAUACCUAGACUCAGUUGGUUGAUCAUUGCUUGUAUAACACCGUGAAAGAAAGCCACCUUGCUGGAGCAACGGCGAGCUAGGCAUUGAAGAACAAAAGAAUUGUACUUUUAGCGUUUUUUGUUUGGGGGUGUUUGAUAGCCUGAAAUAAAUCUGUGGAUGACAUUUUUCCAACCUCGGCUGAGUUAAAUAUUUGUUAUCAUGGUAAAAAGUGAUAAUCCCUUAGAGGUCAUUUGAUGGUUACAGGACACGCGGAACAGAACAGGCGUGUCCUGUUUAAUGAAUUUUUCCAUCAAACGCCGUCCAUGGUAUAGGAUGGACACGAUGGACAACGGAACAGGGGUAUAAAUUGCUCUCCUGUUCCAGGCUGUUCCGAGAUAACCCUCGGAACAGCACGGAACAAGACACUCGUCUCUCGCCCCCGACUUGUCUUCGAGUCGAACUCAGCUGUUUCUCUUCUCCUCUUCGCAUUCUCCUCCCGCUUUCUCCUUCUCUCGUUCUCCUCCAUUUCUCCCCCUUCUCUCUUCUUACUCUCCUCCUCGCCCACUUCUCUGAGCUCCUUUGCUCUCUCUGUUGGUCCCUUCGUCCAUUCCAUCAACCGACGGUUUUGCUUCCUCCAUUCCAUCUCGUGCGAUCACCUUCAUUGGUGCAAGGAGCUCCAUUGCCAUGAAUAACUUUUUUCAGGUGAGGUAUGGUUUUCAUUUUUCUCUCUUUCUCUUGUUUUCUCUCUCGCUCCUUCCCUCUAUUUGUCCCUGAUUUGCAGUAACUAGGGUUCUUGCUCCUUUACGUCGAUUUGGGGUCCUUUUCUCUUUCUUUCUCUCGUUGUCUCUCUCCCUUCCUUCCUGCAUCUAUCCAUGCCAUUGAAAUUGUGAAAUUUUUAUGGCAUCCUUGAAACGCCAUUGAAAAACAUAUUUGUGUGCUUAUAUUUUUUUUCCCUUCGCGCUCUUUCUUACGAGCCUACAAGGCCAAGCAAUUUUUAAGGGCAUCCUCUCUGUACUGUUACCAAAAAUAUGACUAGCAGAGCAAUGUGCUUGUUAGGUUUUUCUAUCUGAUGUUACUUUGUAAAUUCAUUAGCCGCAGAUGAAGUGUUUGCUGAAAUUCUUAAAUGACUUACAUUUGUAUUUUAGUUCAUCUGGUCCACAUUUGACAGUUGUCAACAAAUUUGGUAUGUUCCUUCUCAAUCAUUUUGCCACCUCAUGUUUGCGAAAAAAAAAAAAUUGGAACAUGUUAUCUAACCAAAACCAUAGCUUGAGAAGCUAGAGAGUAAAUGCACACAGGAUCUUCAACAGAGCAGAAAUACACUUGAAGCUUUUUGCAGCUCCUGCGGACCUUCAAUCUUCCAAAAGGGGUGGAAAGAAUCACCUGAUUUUCAUACUUUUUUUUUUGUAAUGGAAAUAACAAAAGUGAUCAUGAAAUCAUCUUGGUUGAGGUUUUCUAGAAACAGGGAUCUUCGACAACUACAUGAUGAAAGGAUGAGGAGGGGCACAGUAAAUGUGGGUAGCUGCAGUCGUUUAGUCUCCAAUCCUAUGGUGGUUACUCUCUUUUCUAAAGAAAGUAGAUACCUAUGAACAGAUCUUGGUGGAGCACCCUUUUUCUAUAAAUUUUAUCAAUUAUUAUAUGAUUCAGCUUUGGUUCCGAAGCAUACGAACCUUUAUUUAUGCUUUAAGCAAGUUGUGCUUCUCACUAUUUUUCAUUUUCACUCGGAAAGAAACCCUUAAACCUUGCUAUUGUGAUAUAUAUAUUCUAAUUUGUUGGUUGCUGGAUGUUGUUAUAUGGUAAAUGAUUAAAACUCUGUUACUGAAAUGCACUGAUGAUUUAUAUUCUUUUAGCAACAGUUUUUGAUACUUUUAAUGCCAAUUUUUUUUGCUUUUAAUAUAUUUCAAUCUUCCUAUAUGUGGAAAUUAAGACUACAUCCUGCUCUCUUGAUGUUCUUUUAUGAGUGCAGACUUCUCUUGUAGCCAUUGAUACUCUUAUGUAGGCUUUGUUUCAAGUUUGAAUUCCCAUGUUGAUAGGCCAUUUGUCGUUGCUCGAUCAUAGAGCAUCGAGUUGAUAUGUGUUUAAUAAUUAUUUUGUGCUGCAGAAAAAAAAACUUGAUUGUGGCUUUGCACUUGUUGUAGUUAGUGAACCAUGGAAUUCCAGUGGAGCUUCUGCAAAAAGUGAAAGGGGUGUGAAAGGGGUAUGUCCAAAGAGUGCUGACAAAUGUCAAUUGUUUUUUCUUUUUUAUUUUUCUUUCUUUCACUUGUAUUACAGUUAGAAACAGAGCAGAUGCAGCGAGCAACAUGAAUUUAUAAAUGUUAUCGACAAAUACUAUUCAAAGCCUGUAAAGAUUGAAGGCAGAGUUGCUGCCGCUCUUGACAGAAGCUAACCAUAUAAUGGUUCCUUCAAAAUUGAAAUGGAUGGACGGUAGAGGUGUGAGCACCCAUGGCUGCCUGGCCUGGUCGUCUAGUGCCGAACUUUUAGCUCUUUGUAGUGUGAAUAUUGAGGAAAUUUCAUAGGCUGGAUAAAUAAGGGCAGUGUGUUGCUUGUUUCAUUCCGUAAAGAAUGAAUAGUGCUAUCUUUGUGGCAUGUUUUCUUUUCUUUCCACUUGUUAGUUUGUAUGUAAUAAGAUCCAAAGUUGAAGAACAUGGUAAAGUUGGCUCUA